AUGGUGCAGAUUGAGAAGAACGGCUCCCUCCCCAUGUGGGUGGGGCCAUCCCAGGGGGUGGGGCUCCCUGCCUAUAUCUUAGCACCCCAUCCCCAGCUCUGGCCAUUCUCAGCCAUGGCAUUCCCUGCAGCAGUGGCAGGUCCCUGGCUGUGCUUCCUCCUCCUCCUGGGGGUUCCCCUCACUCUGGGGGCCUCUGUUGCUGGGGGGCUGCACAAUGUGCCAGUGUCAGACCCAGAAGUCCAGCUGGCGGCGCACGCAGCCGAACAGACCUACAACCAGCGUAGUAAGAGCCCCUACUACAGCCGGGGGCUGCAGGUGCUGAGUGCCCAGAGACAGGUCGUGUCUGGGCUCAUGCUACAUCUGACCAUGGAACUGGUGGAGACACUGUGCAAGAAAAACCAGGAUGGUGUCAUGGAGCUCAAGAAGUGCCUCCUGCCGCCUCCGUCCCAGCAGAAGAAAGUGCGCUGUAACUUCCAAGUCUGGUCUCAGCCCUGGCUCAAGAGGACACAGAUAGAGCAGAAAUGCAACUCGGUCGGUCACUGAGCCCUGCUCUGGCUCAACCGAGAUGACCAUGAGCCAAAAUGUCUGCUCCACCAUCAAAGCUUUGCAGGGGACAAGCCGUCUCCGUCUUGCACUUCUUUUCUCUACUCCCCCCGACUUAUUCCCAGCACGUGGCGGGAGAUCAGUGUCUUGAAUCCAAACUGGGGUUGGAAAUCAACCAAUUCCUCUGCUUCCGGACUGAUUUCUAAUCCCUAUUUAGUGACAAAACUGGAGCCUCUGGGCUCUUUCUGUUACCGCUGGGUCUUGGACCUGCUUCACUAGCAGCAAUAAACCACUUUACUGCAGCAUCUCACCA